UUAAUCCUAUUUCAAUGGCUUCUCUCUUCCAUCUUCCAAACGACGCACAAAUUAUAUAAUAUUCUCUUUCAAUCGCUCUCAAUCCUGUUCUAGUGUCCAUUACUCUGUACACAGAUGUCAUCUCUCCAAAAAAUUUGACCUAAUUUGGCCCUUCCAUCAGCGAGCAAUCCCGUAUUCAAUCUUACUUCCAGAUUGUUGCUUCUUCUUCCGGUAAUUUCUAUUCCAUUCCAUCAUUAUAAGCCGAUUUCAUUUCAUUCCGCUGAAUGCGUGUAGUUUUUCUGAGAAUCUAUAGAUAGAUCUAGAUUUAGUUCCUUUUAACAGAUCGAUUUUGUGAAAAGAGAGAUGGAUUCCAUAUCCGAUCAAGCUUUAAAUGAUGUGAAGAAUGGAGUAAGCAUAACUAGUGCAGUUAUGCCAUUAUUGAAACUUCUAUCACUAACAAUGUUAGGUUUGAUUCUAGCUCAUCCGAAAACUCAAAUCAUACCUAGAGCAACUUUUAAGAUCUUAAGCAAGCUCGUUUUCGCUAUUUUCCUUCCCUGCACAAUCUUCUUCCAUUUAGGUGAAUCCAUAACUCUGAGUAACUUCCUUCUAUGGUGGUUUAUCCCUGUUAAUGUCUUCAUCAGUACAGCCUUCGGCUGUGUUCUAGGUUAUCUAGUGGCGAAAAUCUGCCGUCCGCCACCUGAAUUUGUUAGAUUCACGAUUAUCUUCACUGCGUUUGGUAACACAGGGAAUCUCCCUUUGGCGAUUGUUGGAUCUGUUUGUCAUAGUCCGGACACUCCUUUUGGUCCGAAUUGUCAUCGAACUGGUGUCGCUUAUGUUUCGUUUGCGCAGUGGGUGGCGGUUCUUUUAGUUUAUACUAUAGUUUAUCAUAUGAUGGAACCGCCAUUGGAAUACUAUGAGGAAGUUGAUGAAGGUAACGAGAUUGUUGGUAUUCAAAACAAUCAAGAACAUUUGAGUAGGCCUCUUCUUCUUGAAGCAGAGUGGCCAGGAAUGGAUGAGAAAGAAACAGAGCAUUGUAAGACUCCACUUAUAGCUCGUGUUUUCGCAAUUUCAGAACAUUCAUCUCAUAAUCACGAUUCUGAUUCGGAUUCUGUUGAAUUGGAGGAAGGAGGUAGUAAUCCGACAGCUCCCCUCAAGUCGAUAAGAUGCUUGGCCGAGCCAAGGGUAGUUAGGAAAAUGAGAGCUGUAGCCAAACAAACUCCGAUCAAACACAUACUUCAACCUCCAACAAUCGCGACCCUUUUGGCAUUAAUAGUGGGAAUGGUUCCUCCUUUGAAAACAUUCGCAUUUGGCGAUGAUGCCCCGCUAGGUUUUAUCACUGAUAGUUUGGAAAUAUUGGCAGAGGCAAUGGUUCCUUCGGUUAUGCUCAUUUUGGGUGGAAUGUUGGCUGAAGGACCGAAUGAUUCGAGGCUCGGUUUGAGGACUACAAUUGGAGUAACCGUGGCUAGGUUAUUUGUGCUUCCUUUGAUUGGAAUGGGAGUUGUUGGAUUGGCUGAUAAGAUGAAUAUAUUGAUUGCGGGAGAUCAGAUGUUUAGGUUUGUGAUUUUGUUGCAGUAUACUUGUCCGAGUGCGAUUCUGUUUGGUGCUAUCUCGAGUUUGAGAGGUUACGCGGUUAGUGAAGCGUCGGCAUUGCUGUUUUGGCAGCAUAUUGUUGCUUUGUUCUCGAUUUCUUUGUAUAUGAUUGUUUACUUUAGGUUUCUUCUAUCUUAUGAAUGAUAAUUGUUUUUUUAUUUCAAUGUCACAUUAUUGGAUCGAUAUAUAUAAAACAUCGGUUAUUGAAUGUUUUAUUCUA